GUUAUUUUGUAGAAAUUUGUCGUUAUAUUGUAGGACUACGUAUAUUCUGUAUUUUUUAUUUUAAUUUAAAUUAACUACAGGAACUUUUCUAAAAGAUAUUGAAAAAAUGUGAUUAUAAACAGAAAAGCAAUACAUCCUUUUUUUUGGUUUAAAAUCCUAUAUUAUAAGAAUAUACGUAUGUAGCAAAAAAAAUAUAUUGAUUUUUAUUUUAACUUCUGCUGUUAGACAUGAUUAAUAAUGAAUUUUAGACUAGAAGACAGUACAUGUCAAAAAUUACCUCCUAAGUUUGAAGAAGUCGUAAAGGGAGUAAUAAAAAAAACACAAUCUCCAGAGUUGAUUCAGAAAGACAUAUUUCUAACAUUAAUUAUUUAUAUGUUGACAGAGAAUGGUUUUGUACCAGUUGUCCGAGAUACGCUUAAGAGUGAUUCAGUAAAAGUUUUGGAUAUUAAUCAAAUAUCUAUGUGGUGGUCAUUAAGUACAGAAGUAUGUGAGAUAAUAUUUAUACUGGCAGGCUUUAGUGACAUACCAGUAAAAUUAUUGAUGUGUCCAUUGGCUACAACAGUUUUGAUAAAUGUUUUUAUCAAUGAUGUUAAUUCAGACGUUUAUUCCAUUUGUUUGCCAAUAAGCCAAUAUGUUGCAUCACCUGAGGCUACACCUAUUCCCAUGAUUUUUCGGGAUUUAAAACAAUUGACAUACAUGUUCAAAAAUAAAAUUGUAACUCCAGUCAAGAGUUCAAUACUUAGCUAUUGUGGCUACUCUAGUGCAAGUCUAAUUGGCCUUCCUGAAGAGGUAUUGCUUAAUAUACUUUUGAGCUUACCAAUAAAUGAUGUAAUAAAUGUGGCUCAAACUUGUAAAAGAUUAGCUUCCUUGUUGGAAAGUUCAAGGCUUUGGCAUAAACUAUUAAUAAGAGAUUUUAGUAAAGAAGUAGUUAGUGAGAAAAAUGAUUGGAAAAAAUUAUAUAAGGAUGCAUAUAUUGCUCAAAAAGAAGAAAGAAGGAGGUCAUGCCGCUUGACUGGAACAUUACAUGAUUUGAUGGAUUUCUCAGAUUUUGUGUCAUAUAUUGAUAAUCCACUAUGGGAUGUUAUAAUAUAAUAAUGUGUAUAUUAUAUCAACUGAAAUAUAUUUUACUUAA